AUGCUGUUACGGUCUGCAGGUGCAAAAAAGUCGCUGUUUGCUGUUUCACCGGCGGCUGCUUCGCGUACAGCGAAAGUGGCGCAUACUCCAACGUUGACGGUUAAGGAACAAAAGGAACGGCAGUCGAUGCGAGAAGCGGAUGCAAAAAUGGCGGAGACCGUUGAUGCUCUGGUCCAGUGUUGCCUGUCAACCAAGGGCAAGGUUGAACGGAUCAGGAAAGCGAUCGAUGAGGCAGAUUUUGACUACGGUAAGUUCAACAUUCAUGCUUUGAAUUUGUACUUGAAAACCGUAGAUUUAGCGUAUACGGAGUAUAACGAUUUUCAAAAUCGCAUAUACAUGGCGGAUCCAUCGAAGAGGCAGCAAUAUGAACAGCAAUUUGUCGACUUCGAAGAGCUGUACGAAUUCGUUCGUAUAUCAUUAUGCGAGAUGCUUUCAAAGUAUGAGCAGGAUCAGCAGGCCAACCUUGCCUUGGCGGCUGAGGCACAGCAGCAACUGCAAGCGCUAAAGCCUUCACCGGACGGGGGUGCAAGUAGCAGUGGUGUCAAUCUCUCGUCCCGAGUUCCGUCCCUUUUGUUACAGAAUACGCCUCUGCCAACAUUCGACGGAAGAUAUGAAAAUUGGUUUAAAUUUAAAUCAAUGUUCUGCGAUAUCGUCGACAAGUGUGUCGCUGACUCGCCUGCCACAAAGCUCCAUUAUUUGGACAAAGCAUUGGUAGGCAAAGCUCAAGGUGCGAUAGACCAGCAGACGAUUAACGACAACAACUAUGCAGGAGCCUGGAAGAUCUUGACUGAACGUUUCGAAAACCUUCCGAUGGUGCUGCAUGGUCAUGUGAUGAAGCUAUUGAGCCUGAAGCAAAUGACCAAAGAAUCGUCGCACGAGUUAAAAGCCUUGAUUGAUGAUUGCGAGAAACGGGUAGGCUCUCUUGAAUUCCAUAAGCUAAAAAUGGAUGGAAUGUCGGAGGUUAUCGUCAUUACGCUGUUGACCACGAAGCUGGAUCCAGAAACCAGAAAGUGCUGGGAGUCAACCAUUGAGCAUGGAAAAAUGCCUACCUAUAAGGAUACGAUCGCUUUUCUUCGCAAACGGAGUUACGUUCUCGAACGCUGUGAACAGAUGUCGAGUGCCCCGAAGACCAAAGCAGCGAGCGAGAAACCCAAGAGCACUGUGAUGACGAGCAAGGCGCAUUCAGUGGUGGUACCAAAAUCCGACGACAGUUGCCCAGUUUGCGACUUGGGUCAUACUGUUGAAAAGUGCGAGACGUUCAAAAAAUUGAACAUCGAUGGCCGCUACAAUAAAGCGAAGCAAGUAGGCCUGUGCUUCUCUUGCUUGAAAAGGGGGCAUCGAACGGCGAACUGUAAGGUGAAUGUAUCCUGUACAUCGUGUACCAAGAAACAUCACAGCUUGAUGCAUCCAGAAGAGCGCAAAACUAUGACAUCGAAUCCUCCACAAACACCCGCCACCAGGAAAGAAGCGACAGGGUCCGAUGAACAACCUUUGACUGCAGCUAAAUGUAUUGUCCCGAUUCAGCCCCGCGAAGCAACGAAGCAGAUUCUUCUGGCGACCGCCAUGAUUCAAGUGGUUGAUGUGUGCGGUGUGGCUCAUCAGUGCCGUGCUCUCCUCGACUCCGGUGCAAUGGCCAACUUUCUGUCGGAGCGUGUAGCGGAUUUGUUGUGUCUUCCGAAAAGUAGCGUUAACAUUCCGGUAGUCGGAGUGAACGGAAUGAAGUCCAGAGUAAAGUUCAAGGUCCAGGUUACAGCGAAAUCAAUAGCGAAUGAGUUCGAGUUCAGCUUAGACUACCUGAUUGUGCCUCGUGUAACGAGCACCCUACCAGCAGUGAGAAUCGAUGCUUCGAAUUGGCCCAUCCCAACCGAGCUGCAGCUGGCCGAUAGAUCGUUCAUGGAACCGAGCCGUAUCGACAUGCUCAUCGGUGCGGAAGUGUUCUAUGAUUUGCUUCAAACAGGUAAGAUCAGAAUGUCUAAUGAUCUUCCGACUCUGCAGGAAAGUCUUCUGGGUUGGCUCGUAGCCGGUCCGGUCGUAGAUAUCGAACCCGUCCAUACCGUGCGGGUCUGUCAAGUUUCCUCCGUAACGGAUCCGGACGAAAAUCUACAAGAGUUGCUGAAGCGCUUCUGGACCAUCGAGGAGCAAGUAGCGGAGUUUGAAUCGACCAGUCCAGAUGAUGAUUGUGAAUCUCACUUUUUGGAGACGCACACCCGAAAUGCGGAUGGAAGGUACGUUGUCAAGCUGCCUUUCCGGGACAAUGUCAGUAGCUUGGGUGAAUCCCGGAAGCAAGCGGAAAAACGAUUUGAAUUGCUAGAGCGUAGGCUGGUCAAGAAUCCGGAGAUGAAACAAAUGUACGAUGACUUUAUUGACGAGUACUUGGCAUUGGACCAUUGCGUGGAGGUUGAACGUAGCCACAAAGAUGAUUCGGAAUUCGUGUAUUACCUUCCUCAUCACUGCGUCGUAAAGAUGGAGAGCUCCUCAACAAAACUCAGGGUUGUAUUUGACGCUUCCGCAAAGAGCGAUUCUGGACUUUCACUAAACGAUGUAAUGAAGGUAGGACCCACGGUGCAGAGCAGUCUCUUCGACAUCAUACUGCGGUUCCGUUCGUUCAAAUAUACGUUUUCAGCGGAUGUGCCAAAGAUGUACCGCCAGGUAUUGGUGCAUGAACAAGACAGGAAGUUCCAAAGGAUCCUGUUUCGAAAAAGCGAAUCCGAACCUCUGAGGGAGAUCGAACUCAAGACGGUUACUUAUGGAACGGCUGCUGCACCCUUUUUGGCAACUCGAUCGUUGAACCAACUAGCAGAUGAUGAGAACGACGAUUUUCCAGAAGCUAGUAGAUUGGUGAAGAAAUCGUUCUAUAUUGAUGAUGUGUUGACCGGAGCAAAUUCCUUGGAAAAGGCGAUAGCGCUUCAGAGAGACUUGAUUGCUCUGCUUGACAGGGGUGGGUUUGGACUCCAUAAAUGGUGCGCCAAUCACCCGAAGCUGCUGGAAGGCAUUCCCAUUGCAGCUCAAGAAAGACAGAUGGAAUUUGAGGAUUGCGACAUCAACGGUGUCAUUAAAACACUUGGGUUGUAUUGGAAUCCAGCCGACGACCAGUUCAUGUUUCGCGUUGAACCGAUCAACGAAACCUUGAAGAAACCCACGAAGCGCCAGAUCCUCUCAGAGACUGCAAAGAUUUUCGAUCCGCUCGGGCUGCUCGCCCCGACGGUGGUGAUUCCGAAAUUGCUUAUGCAGCAUCUGUGGAGAAAUAAGCAAGAAUGGGAUGAGCAAAUUUCGGAUGAAUCUCUGCAAAUGUGGACCCGGUUUCGAACCGAGCUUUCUGAAAUCGGCACUGAAAAAAUUGAUCGACGAGUGACUAGUGAUGAUGCUGUCAAACUGGAAUUGCACGGUUUCGCAGACGCGUCUGGCGUAGCCUACGGUUGCUGCGUCUACAUGCGAAGUGUGAAGGAAGAUGGGACUGCGAACAUGAAGCUGAUUUGCGGAAAAUCGAGAGUAGCACCAAUAAAGGAAUUGCAGCGAAAUGUCAAACCGGAAGCGGAGCCUGCUGAGAUGACUAUACCCCGCCUUGAAUUGUGUGCUGCUCUGUUGCUGGCACGCCAAAUGAAAGCAGUAUGCGAAGCGUUGGAGAUGAAGUCAGAUCAAGUAAUACUUUGGUCUGACUCUAGCAUCGUGAUUAGCUGGUUACGUCGGCUGAAACCUGAAACGUCGGUAUUUGUUCGAAACCGUGUAACGAAGAUACAUCAGCUUCAACCCGACGGUACCUGGAAACAUGUGUCAUCGAAAUCGAACCCUGCGGACGUGGUGUCCAGGGGUUUGUUCCCGAAGGAGCUGAUGAAUAGUGAUCUGUGGUGGCAAGGGCCACGAUUUCUACGAAUGAAUGAGGAUGAUGGUGAAGCACCAGCUGCAGAGUUUGAAGAUGGUGCCGAAGAAAAUAAAGAAGAAGAUUGUGAUGUGAUGGCAGCCAUAGUGCAAGACAAUCAACCGUAUAAAGUGAUUAUGGCUUGCAGUAAUUAUCGCCGAUUGCAACGAGUGUUUGGCUAUGUUGCACGUUUUAUCAACAAUUGCAAAGCGAAAAACUUGAGUGAAAGGUGUUGCGAUCGGCGGCUUACAUUGACUGAAUUGAACAAUGGACAAAAACUUAUGGUGAAAUGUGUGCAACACGAGGUGUAUGCUGAAGAAUUUGAGUGUAUUGCAAAAAAUAAGCCAAUUAAGGGGAAGUUGCGAAACUUGAAUCCAGUGCUUGAUGAGGAUAUGCUGCGAGUUGGAGGUCGCAUUCGGCACUCUGACCUUCCUAAGGACCAGAAGCAUCCUUUCAUAUUGCCUGAAAGGAACCACUUCACGGAAAUUUUGAUCGAGACUAUGCAUCGUGAACACCUUCAUCUGGGCUUGAAUGGUUUGCUAGCAACGGUGCGUGCUAAAUUUUGGCCAGUAAACGCUAAACAAACUAUUCACCGAGUAUUGCGGAAGUGCGUAACCUGUUUCAGGAUGAAACCGAAGAUGCUUGACCAGUACAUGGGUGAUUUGCCCAGUGUUCGAGUGACUGCUGCUCAACCGUUUUCUCGGAGCGGAGUAGACUAUGCGGGACCGUUUUUCCUCAAACAAGGCCGCGGAAGAAGUCCAAUGAAGGCCUACGUUGCGCUUUUUGUGUGUAUGAGCACUAAGGCUAUACACCUAGAAUUAGUGACAUCACUAACGACAGAAGGAUUUCUAUCCGCACUCCAUAGAUUUGUCGGGCGACGUGGAAAUGUAUCAGAUCUGUACUCAGAUAAUGGUACUAAUUUCACAGGAGCAGCGAAAGAACUGAUCGAACUAAAAAACCUUCUGAAGUCCCAAGCCUUGGAGCAAAAGGUCAACGAAUUCUGCCAACAGCGAGGUACCAAUUGGCAUUUCAUCGCUCCAAGGGCUCCUCACCAAGGAGGCCUUUGGGAAUCGAAUGUGAAGAGCAUGAAGAAUCAUCUCUACAAAUCGUUGUCAGAAAGUCAUCUGACAUACGAAGAAAUGAACACCCUCUUGAUACAAAUCGAAGCAAUACUAAAUUCGAGACCCUUGAUCCCAAUGAAUGACGAUCCGUUGGAUUACGAAGCUCUCAGUCCUGGCCACUUCUUGGUGGGUCGGGAGCUGACAUCUGUUGCUGAGCCAAACUAUGAACACCUGAAGGAUGGAGCUCUGUCACGAUACCAGCUGAUUCAGAAGCGGAAACAGUCCUUCUGGACCCGUUGGUCCAACGAAUAUAUAACCACUCUCCAAAAACGAAGCAAAUGGUUCAAGGAACCUAUCAAACUACGAAAUGGUCUACUGGUUAUCCUGCAAGAGGACCAUACGCCACCGCAAAGUUGGAGGCUUGGAAGAAUUAUCGACACGCACCCUGGGAAGGAUGGCAUUAUACGAGUCGUUACGGUGCGCACCAGUAGCGGCAUCUACCGUCGGGCAACAACCAAAAUAGCGGUACUACCAAUCGACGAUAACGUUCAAUCGACGACGCAGAAGGAAGAUUGA